CACUGGUCGAGUGUUGAAGGCAAGGCUGAGAACCGCUAAUUGCGCCCCAAGUCCUCGAUGCAGUGGGAAUGCGCAUCAGCUGAACUUCGGGAUCUUGAGUCGCAUGUUGGGUUACAGCAUUCAAAAACAACAAUAGAUCUGCUGCUCAGCCUCAUGUAAGAAGUAUAUGAGGGCGUUAUGAACGACUCGUAAGAAGCAUCAUUCACAGCUGUGGCUCAUCGAUUCUUUCAUUUGCAUCCGUUGCAAAGUAGACAAGAUCGAUCAUCAUGCGCUCCACUUUGAUUCUGCUCCCAUUGAUGGCUCUAUUAAGCAGCGUUCUGGGUGCACCCGCUCCUAAUAAGUGUGGUUAUAACCCGGACAAGCCGGACUGGAAGCCUAAAUGGAAGGAUGGCAAGCCAGAUAUCACAACAUCGGCACCUGUGAAUCCGAAGAUCAACGAAAGAGCUGUCCCUGAUCCAAAAGAAGAGGUGGAACUAGAGGUGAGAAUUGAUUGUUAAAUCUGUAUCGCAAAAGCUUGCCAUCAGAUGGUCAUAACUUUCGCAUCGUCAUUUUAUCCACAUUGGAACAAGCAGUCAGCUUUAAUCAUCAUGUCAUUCUUUAAUAAAAGCC